GAGUCACUUUGGCCCCUUCAUGUUGGAACUCUUGUACAUUCCCUCAAAACGUCGCUACCAGUGCGAGGAUCCAUUCUUCUCGGAAGGCGAUAUCGCACUACGAGCAACAUGGCUGCAGAAACAGGAUUCACAGCUGGCCGAGUAUUGGGACACCAUGCGCGACGAGAUCAUAGCGACACAGCAGACACAUCCUAUCACAUGCGAUCUAACGCUUUGCAAAGGGAAUGGAAGAGCGGAUUUUCCAACCUUGACGGCCUAUGAAAUACACUAUGAAAAGUGGCAUCGAUACAUAUGCGAAGAAUGCCAAAAGAGUUUUCCUGGCGAAGAAUGGCUGGAAAUGCACUUUGAUGAAUUUCACAACGUUCUGAAUCAGAUAUCGAAAGAAAAAGGAGAGAAAAUAUACAAAUGUUACGUUCCUGGCUGUCCCCAGGUGUUUUCUACGCCUAAAAUGCGAAGGCUACAUUUAAUUGACAAGCAUCACUACUCAAAGUUAUACCCUUUUGAUCUACCAUUUACAGGAAAUCUCAGCUUUAGGGAACAGCAGCAAAGGCAAGACAAAGGAAAAAAGUGGUUAGCGGCUAAAAAGAAGGGUACGGCCAUACCUCAAAAGGAAUCUAAAGAACCGGAGAAAAUGGACGUCGAAAAACCAGAACAUAAAAAAUCUGACGAUAUGGAAGCUGCCAUGGAAGAUAUUACACAAGGGAUCGCAAAGCUUAAGGUCCCGCGGUCAGUAUCUUUUGGCCGAGCUUCUCGCGGUCUGGGUGGUGGAAGAGGGAGAGGACGAGGCUACUCGCGACAGCAUAAGCAGACGGCGGUUAAAGGGAUGGAUCUCGAUCACACAAAAGAAGCACAAACUGAAGAACCUAGUUAUACGGAGCAAUCGCCUGACCACGACGACGGGGAUGACGAUGAUCUGUCAACACCUAAUAGACGAAAUCGAAUAAGGAAAAUCAUCAAGGAGAAACACCCAAAUGCUAAAGACAUUGACAUGAGCGGAUAGUUUCUGUGUAUACUUCUAUCUAUUGUACAUUCACUUAUUUAUCAAGUUUGUAAAAAGUAGACCAAUUUUGUUUACCGACAGAUGUAAGGGCCACUCCAGGAACUAUAAUAAACUUUCGGUAUGGAUUACUAUUCUGCAUGGAACACCUUUUAUACCCAUUUUUUUUAUCGUUUCUAUGUCAACAUGAUCCUCGGGUGAUGGGAAGUUCAGCUGGUAUAUAUUGAUAGUGAAGCGAGCCUCAUCGCCUAUCAUUUAUAACUGUCGAUAUGUUGGUGAAUGAUUCGGUCAAUAAUGCGAACUUGUCUUAUUAACAGUAAAUUUAUAUGGAAGGAGAGCAGGACUUUUUCAGUGGUUG